AUGCCCAAGGGCAACAAAUCGAAAAAGGGUAUCGACAACACAUCAUCCGAUGCAACGGGCAACAGCUCCGAUUCAAUUUCGUUUAAUAAAAGGAAAAGUGCGUCUAUUAAGCAUCAAUUAACUGCGUUAAACAAAACAUUGUCGUCGCAUCGUCUUGAUGAACUUGAUGAAGCUGAACUUUCUGUCCACAUGGAGUACGUUGAAAGCAUUCACGACAACUUUGACCACGUGCAUUCUAUUCUCGAAGAAGCUGAUCCACGCGAACUAGAUGGAGUAGGCCGAGCAGAAUUUUUCGACGUGUACCUAGAAGUCAAGGCAAAGCUGUCGCGUCAGCUCAAUUCGCAUCGGAAGACAAACGUAAGACAUUCAUCGACUGCUAGGCAUUUCGCAUUGGAAGAAUCGCCGGCAACGUUAUUCUCAUCGCAAAGAAAGUCUCGCCUUCCUGAGCUGAAAAUACCGAAAUUUAGUGGAGCGUACAUUGACUGGCCUAAUUUUUUUGCCAUGUUCAGUAGCGUUAUUGACAAGGACCUCGAGUUAAGCAAAGUGGAGAAACUCCAACAUUUACGCACUAGUCUACAAGGAGCCGCUUUGGAAACAAUUUGCUCGCUAGAACCGGUUGAGGAGAAUUAUGACAAAGCCAUUGCCCUAUUGAAAAAUCGAUUUGAUAAUAAAUUACUUAUUUUUCAGGCUCACAUUAGGGCGAUUAUCGAGUUGAAGAGUGUUGAUAAGGGUUCAGCCAAUCGUUUGCGCGAAUUGUGCGACAAUUUUAAUUCCCAUCUUCGUGCACUUAACACCAUGGCAACACCAGAACAAAUAUCGGAUGGUUUGCUCAUACAUCUUGUUACUAGAAAGUUCGAUCAGAAGACGCAGGAGAAGUGGGAGGAGGACUUGCCCAUGCAGACACUGCCAACUUUGAAUUCAAUGACCUCAUUUCUGGAGAAGCGGUGCCGAAUUAUGGAAAAUUUGGAAGGUGCUACGCAAACACUUAGCAAUCAGAUCGGUAAACAUUCGAAUGCAAAUAAAGGUAUGAGAAACGCUUUGGUAGCAUCCUCAAGUAGCUCUAGCUUUUGCAUACUUUGCGAUUCGAAAGAACAUUACAUAAAUAGCUGUUUAAAAUUUGUAAAUUUGUCGCCGAAUUUGCGCUACAAAGAAGCUAAGCGAUUGCAACUUUGCUUAAAUUGCCUACGCAAGGGUCAUAGUUUACAACGGUGUAAGUCUGGGCAUUGUCGUCAUUGCCCAGGCAAACACAAUUCGCUUCUCCAUAUGAACCCGCAUACCUCGUCUAUAUCCCCGUCUUCAAACCUACCAACAAUUGAGGCUACAGCCCCUUCACAGCAAACACUCAUUUCAUCGUUAACUUCAAGUACAGUCGCUCAAGCCCCAAAUUCGGGCGCCAAUAGUAAUGUGUUGCUUGCUACAGCUAUACUUUCAGUCAAAAAUCGUUCAGGUGACUUCGUUCCAUGUCGUGCUAUUCUCGACUCGGCCUCUCAAAUAAAUUUUGUAACCGCUCGCUUGGCAAAUAUGCUGCAACUUCCAUUCAAACAAUCUGCAAUUUUGAUUUCCGGUAUCGGCGAAUCAAACUUUGUUGCCGACAAAGAGAUUGACGUUUUCGCACAGUCACAAGAUAAAGGCUACAACACUUCGUUCACUGCUGUGGUCACACCUAGUAUUACAGAUUAUCGACCUAACUUCAGCCUUUCUUCGGAAUGGAUAAUACCGUCAAACAUUAAUCUAGCAGAUCCAUUAUUCUUUAAACCCCAGCGCAUUGACUUGCUCAUCGGCGCGGGUUUGUUUUUUGAUUUGAUGUGCGUUGGCCAAAUACGCAUUGCUAGUAAUUUGCCAUUACUGCAAAAAACUCGACUGGGCUGGGUUGUCGCUGGUGGCGUUUCAUAUACCAACAAACAAUCAUCCUCCCUCGCUGCCUGCAGCAAAAACGUAUUUGAACAUCAACAUAAUAACUCAUUGAACGAUAUCGUAAAACGAUUCUGGGAAAUAGAGAAUUGCUUCGACUCUGCUCCCCCUCCAUCUAAAGAAGAUGACUGGUGCGAGCAGCAUUUCAAGAAAUAUUUCUCUCGACUUACUUCGGGAGAGUAUUCAGUGCGUUUGCCAACAAAAACAGGCUUUAGCGAUCUUGGCGACUCAUACAAUCGUGCUCUUCGCAGAUUCAAAGGCUUAGAGCGAAAAUUGGAAAAUAAUCAUAACUUAAGAACUCAAUAUAUUCAUUUUAUGAGUGAGUACAUAUCGCUGAACCACAUGUCACUGGCAACACCUGGGCCAACAACAAAAACAUUUUUUCUACCGCACCAUUGCGUGCAAAAGUUUGACAGUACAACGACAAAACUUCGCGUCGUAUUCGAUGGCUCCGCAAAAACAACAACAGGCUACUCGUUGAAUGACCUUUUGCUAGCGGGUCCAACUAUUCAAGCAAAGCUGUUCAAAACUCUCUUACAAUUUCGUUUUCGUAAAUUCGCUCUGUGCGGAGAUAUAUGCAAAAUGUACCGAUGCGUACGUAUGACAUCUCCAGACGAAUAUCUGCAAUGCAUUUUAUGGCGCGAGAACCCACUCGAUGAGGUAAAGGUAUACAAGUUAGACACUGUAACAUACGGAACAAAAUCUGCCGCCUUUCUUGCAAUACGAGCUAUGCAUCAACUUUCGUACGAUGAAGAAGGGUCAUUUCCAAUAGGUGCAAAAAUCGUGAGGAGAGACUUUUAUGUUGACGAUCUCAUUUCAGGCGGAGAUACUAUAGAAGAAGUGAUUGAGAUCAGACGUCAGGUUAAAGGUUUACUUCAGCGUGGAGGAUUCAACAUUCGUAAGUGGUGCUCAAAUGAGGAUGGCGCGCUGCAAGGUGUUCUUGACUCAGAUUGCGAAAAUCUUCUUAAAUUCCACGAUGGAAGUGAUGUUGCAAAGACUCUUGGCCUCAUCUGGGACCCUAAAACUGAUAACUUCUUAUUCUCAUUUUCGCCUAUUGAUAAUAACGCACGCACGACAAAACGCACGAUACUUUCACAUAUUGCUAAAAUUUAUGAUCCGCUUGGCUUGGUUUCGCCAGUCAUUACGAAAGCAAAAAUUUUCCUGCAAAUCCUUUGGAAGGAAAAACUACAGUGGGACGAAAGCUUGCCUCAGUUGCUGCAAACUACCUGGAACGACAUUUGUGUACAGCUUGGUCUAGUAAGCAGCUUUAAAUUUCCUCGCUUUGUAUUGACGCCUAAUUCUAGUUGGGAGAUUCACGCAUUCUGCGACGCAAGCUUGGCGGCGUUUGGUGCAUGUGUAUACAUUCGUUCGGAGUGUGAUGGUAUUUCAAAAUCAUGCUUACUUUGCGCAAAGUCGAGAGUCUCGCCUCUGAAGAGUUUAACUAUUCCUAAAUUAGAACUGUCGGCAGCCUUGCUGCUUGCGGAAUUGGUGGCACCCAUUUCACUAGAUUUUCCACAUUCUCACACCGUUCACUGCUGGUCAGACUCAAUGGUCACUCUAUCAUGGCUUCGCGAACAACCAACAAAUUUCAACAUUUUUGUGUCAAAUAGAGUUAGCCAGAUACAAACACUAACCAAAGGUAUGACUUGGCAUCAUGUGCCUACUUCUUUGAAUCCGGCAGACAUUCUUUCGAGGGGGUGCACUCCCAAAGAAUUACUAAAUUCUGAACUUUGGAGAAGUGGUCCACAAUUUUUAUCAAGAAGGCAAUCGAAUUGGCCUAAUCUCCUGGAUUUGUUAACUGAUUUACCCGAACGGCGACGUAAAGUCUUAGUUGCUUCUCAACUACGAGACAUAACACUCGAUUGCAAGUACCACAACUCCUUUGAAAGGUUGAAGCGCAUCUUUGCCUACAUUUACUAUUUUUGCCAACCGCACCGUACUCGCGUUGAUGGUCAACCGUUGACUCCGCUGAAUAUUAAAAUGGGUACACAUUUGCUAAUCCGUAACAUUCAACAAAUUCAUUUUGCAGCUGAGCUCAAGGCGCUAAGAUUUGACAAGAAACUUAAUUCGUCAAGUAAGCUACACUCAUUAAAUCCGUUUAUCGACUCAUUUGGGCUUCUUCGUGUUGGAGGACGUCUGCAAAAUUCUUUAUUGGACUUUGAAGCAAAACAUCCACCUUUGUUGCCAAAACAUCAUCCGGUCACAAACGCAAUAAUUGACCACUUUCAUCGCAAAUAUCUACACGCUGGACCGCAGAGCGUACUGGCUUCAAUUCGGCAGCAAUAUUGGCCAAUUGGCGGACGCAAGACUGUUGCUAGCGUUAUAAGUAAAUGCAUUCGUUGCUUCCGUUUGAAACCAAUCAUCUAUGAGCAUAUCAUGGGAAGCCUUCCAGCCGACAGGGUUCAGGCUAACAGAACAUUUUUCACCACUGGCAUCGACUAUUGUGGACCAUUUUACCACAAGUCGGAAGUUCGCAGCAGGCCACCCAUUAAAUGCUACAUAUGUGUUUUUGUCUGCUUCAGCACGAAGGCUUGUCAUCUGGAGCUUACUCAGGACCUUUCUACAUCAUCGUUUUUGGCAGCUUUGAAAAGAUUUAUUUGCACAAGAGGCAAACCGCACACCAUUUGGUCAGACAAUGCAACGAACUUCGUUGGCGCUAAAAACGAGUUGCAAGAGUUAAGUCAAUUGUUCUCAAGCAAUUCCCAUAACACUGAAGUCACUAAUCAAUGCAACUUGGAAGGCAUCUCUUGGAAAUUUAUUCCGCCUCGUUCACCACAUUUUGGCGGAUUAUGGGAGGCGGCUGUUAAGUCAGCGAAAUUUCACUUUCUCCGCACUGUUGGCCUCUCAAUCCUGACAUUCGAAGAGCUUCGUACUCUUGUAUGUGAAAUCGGAGCAAUAGUUAACUCUCGUCCACUUUGUCCAAUUUCAGAGAAUCCAGAUGAUCUCAACGUGCUCACGCCGGCUCAUUUUCUCAUAGGUGCGCCAUUUACAUCCGUCGUUGAACCAGACGUAACCGGCCUCGAUAUCAGUCGCUUAAGCCGAUGGCAGCGUGUUUGUCAUAUGCAGCAGGUAUUUUGGAAAAGGUGGAGCAGUUCUUAUCUCUCACUGUUGCAAGAACGAGUUAAGUGGCGAAAAUCAACUGGGAUUGUUCAAGUUGGAAACAUGGUCAUUUUGAAAGAAGAAAACCUUCCACCACUAAAAUGGCGACUAGGACGCGUGGAGAGUUUAAUUCGCGGCGCCGAUGGUGUGGCUCGUAUCGCCAUCAUCUACACUGCCAAUGGAUUAGUCAAGCGAGCUGUGGGAAAAAUUGCCGUGCUCCCUAUUGAAACUGAAGCGGUUGGAGACUUACACCUUCCAACGGGGGAGGAUGUUCGCAGCAGCACUAAUUGGCAUCUUCGGUAUUCGCAGCAGCACUAA